AUGGCCGCGAAUCUCCUCCCCCGCUUCGCCGGCGACACUCUCGAUGGCCACGCUGAGAGAACAACAUCCCACAUCAGCGCGUGCUUCGCCGCCUAUCCCGACUUCGACUACGGCCCAGGCCAGCCUGCCGCCGACGAGUACCAGCGCCUUCACGUGCACCUCCUCAAAACAGGCCAGUCCUGGCGAUUCAAGGCGGGCAACCCAAUCCUGAAUGCCUUCCGAGCCGCUUUCCAGGCCAACUUCAAUGCGCUGUCUGGCAUCGGCGGCAGCGCUAGCAGGAGAUUGCUGUGCGAGGUUAUCGGUUGCAAACCGCGGGAGCUGAAGCAAAGUAUGGUGCAUGUCAAUAUUUGCGACGGCUACGAUGUCGGUGUGGGAACUACAGAAGCGCCAGUGCAGCGCUUUCUAAGUUUUGCAAAAUUGGCGGAGGACGCGAAACUCCGGCGCAGGAUUAUCCAAAGGACAAUGCAACCGGCGCUUUGGCGCUCGUGUUGCGGCACAGGCAUCAGCCCGGUAUAGAAGACGCUUUGGG